CAAAUAUUGUCAAAGCAUGUUUUAAUUAUUGUUAAAUAGUUAAAUACAUAUUAUAAAGUGAACAAUGGCAAUGUGGACAAAAGUAUUAUCUGGUUUUGAUUCCGAAGAUGAAACAGUUAAUAUUGGUGCUAGAACUGUUGCUGAAAAUGAUGGAGCAAUUUAUGAAGCAUGUACUCGUGCAACAAUACAACCAGACAAUAAAAAUGAUAUAAUGGAUUCACCAUCAGAUAAUAAAAAUGAUAUUAUUAAUAAUCCAAGAGUAAUAGCAUCAUUUUGGCAUUCAAUGAUGUGUAUUGCUGUUGAUAAAACAAUAACAAUAUUUUCUGAUGAAUCAUGUCAAGAUAUCAUAACAAUUCUUGGCUUUGAAUCAAUUGUGACAGCAUAUUGUUUGUCAUCAGAUGGACAAUUUAUAUAUGUUGGUAUUGAAAAUGGUGAACUUCAUGCUUUUAAUUUAUCAAUGGGUGGUAGACAAAUAUUUAACAUUGAUUUUAUUGAUAAAUAUCAAAGUGAAUAUAUUAUACAGCUGGUACUGCAUGAAACUCAUGAAAAUAAUGAUCUUACAAUAAUUACAAAAGAUGGUAAAAUGUUUAAAAUAAUUAAUAUUGAUAAUAAUUAUUUAAAUGAUCAAAGUAUCAAUGAUGAUGAUGAUCAUCAUCAUGAAAUUGAUAUAAAAUUUAUUUGUGGACUAUCAAAAUUAAAUGGUGCUAUAUCAAGAAAUAAUCAUUCAACAGAUAAUUAUUUAAAUAUAACAUUUGGUGAUAAAUUAACAAUAUUACCAAAAAAUAUAACAUCUAAUACGUCUAAUUUAAAUUAUAAAUUUAAAAAAAUACAAUUUUUUAAUAAUUAUCAAUCAGCAAUUUGUCUUAGAAUGGAUGGUAGUUUAAAUAUUCUUUGUUUACAAACAUUGUUAUCAAGAAAAAUAUGGAAAAAUUGUAUUGAUGAUUUUAUUAGUAUUAAAGAAGAUUUAGAGGGUCCAUAUCAUAUGUUAAUAUUAAUGAAACCAGAUGAUAUCACAAAUAAAAAAAAAUUACAUUUAUUAUCAUUUCCAGAUUUUAAAAUUAAAUUUACAAUUGUCGUUGAAAAUACAACAUAUCUUGUUGAUAUUAUUAAUAAUAAAACUGAUAAUGAAAAUUUAUUAUUUUUAGAGGGUAUUAAAACAACAAAUGAAUAUGUUGAUUUAAUUAGAAUUAAAGCAAUUGAAGAGAGUAUACCAGAAUUACGCUUACAAAGAUUAUUAAGAAAAUAUAAAUUUAAUGAAGCAUUAGAUUUUGCAUUGAAAUUUAAUCUUGAUUGUGAAAUUGUUUAUCAUGCUGAGGCAAUGAUGUUGAUGGAAAAAUUAAGACCAAGAUUACAGUCAAGUGAAAAAAUUGAUGUUGAUAUAUUUAUGACAACACUUGAUAAAAUUAAAGAUGUUAAAUUUAUAUAUGAAUGUUGUAAUAAUGCAAUGACAAAAGAUUACAAAGAUACAAGAAAACUUUUGGUUUAUUCAAGACAAAGAAUAGUUGAUUAUGUUAAUGAUAAAAAUAUUCAAGAUAAACUAAAUGAAAAUCUUUCACAACUUCUUGCUACUGUGAGUGAUACACUUAGAAAAUUAGAGACAUUUGAAAUGAUACAUAAAGCUGAUGUUAUAAAUGAAACAUCAACUGAUGAAUGGAUAAAAUUUUCACGUGAAAAUUUACUAAAAGAAUGUAUGGAAUAUUUAUCAAAUAGUGAAUUAAAUUCAGCAUCAUUAAUAUGGACAAGACACAUGUCAAGUAUUGCAUCAAUUGUUACAAGUGAAACAAUAAUUGAUAUACUUGCUGCAAUACCAGAAAAUCUUAGUCCUGAUGAAUUAUGGCCAUGGCUUAUACAUUUUAUUCCAUCAGUAACAUCAUUAAUACCAAAUGGUCUAUCAGAAAUAAUUAAUUGGGGCUAUAAAAAAACUAAAACAUUGGAAAAAUAUCAUCGUGAUUUAUGGCCAGAUAUUGGUCUUGAAUUUGCUAAUGGUUUUAUAAAUAUAUUACAAUUUGAAGAAAAUAAUAUUUAUUAUCAAUUUCAUCAGGAAUAUACAAAUAAAAAUUCACAAUUACAAAGACUCAUGUUACUCAUACAAGCAAUGAAAGAUUUACGUGAUUUAAAAACAAAUUAUAAAAUAUUUUUACCACUUCAUACAUAUCUUGGUAAUUCAACAGAUGUUAUACAUUUAUUAUUAAAUAAAGUUAACAUAAAUGAAUUACCAAAUUUAUUAGAUAAUUUUUUACAUGUUUAUAUGUUAAAUAAUUCAUUAAAAAAUGAUCAUGUAUUAUCAUCAUAUGUACAAAAUAUAUUAAAAAAUUCAAAAGGUUGGUGGUUAUGGGAAAAGGCACCAUGGGAUAAACGUUUAAGUAUUGUUAUAAAUUAUAUUCAUAAUAUACAAAAUCGUUUACAACAAACACUUGAAGUAUUAAAAAGAGCACCAGUACCAUGGAGUGAUGAAGUUAAAUUACUUGCUGAAAAAAGUUACAAUUAUGAUCAUCCACUUGUUGCUAAAAUUCGUAUAGAAAGUAAUUCAGUUGUUGUUAAAUUAAUAUUGAAAAAAUAUAGAUAUGCACAUAUUGGUUUAUCAUCAAGAUUUUUUUCAUAUAUUAUUAAACAAAAUAGAUCAACAAUGAUUGAUGAUAUUAUUGAAUUAACUAAAAUGAAUAAUACAACAAGAUUCAAUGUUUUUUCUGAAUGUGUUAAUUAUCAUUUAACACAAGGUAACAUUGAUUUAUCAAUUAAUAUUAUUGACAGUUUAUCAAAAUCAUUAAAAAAAAUGUCAUCAAAAAAUAUAGCAUAUUGUAAAUUAAAUGAAUUGGAAAAUGGAUUAUUAUGUAAUUUACAAAUUGAUGCUUAUAAUGAAGCUGUUGGACAGCUUGUUGAUGAUGACGAUUAUGAUGAAGAAGAAGAAAAAGAAAAACAAGAAAAUUUACAAUUAACAACAACAACUAAAAAUUGGUAUUUGUAUAAAAUUUAUAAAGAUGCAUCAAUAUCACCAGGUAAUAUAUUACUUCCUCUCUUAAGUGAUUUAUUUAUAAUUAUAAAACAUUAUAAAAAUAAAAUUGAUUAUAAUUUACAAUAUUCAAUAAAUGAAAUAAAUAUUAUCAAAGAUUUAAGUAAAAAAAUAUCAAUAAAUGCUCAAGCAAUACAAAAUGAACAUCAUGAUUUUGCUUUAUUAAAAAUAAUAACAAAUAUAUCAAUUAUUUUAUCAUCACUUGUACCAAGCAUUGAUGAUAUAAUACAAGAUAUACAUGAUGUAUUAAAUCAUUGUGUUAUAAUGAUGCUUAAAAAAGUAAUUGUAAGUAUUAAUUUUGAUGUACAACUGGGUCUUGUUUGUUUGCUUAUGAUACCACAUGAUAAUUCAUUAAAAACACUUGGUUUAAUAUCAAAAUUACAUCAAGCUGAUUAUAAACGUGAUCGUAUUAUUAAAGAUUUAGGCUAUGAGUAUUGUCGUUUAACGAAAAAUUAUCAACAAAUGGAAGAAUUUAAUAUGAUGAAAAUACGAUAUGAAUGGGCAAAAAGAUUGGCAAAUUAUAAAAUAACAUACAGAGAAAUAAUGAGUAAUGAUGUUGAUAUUAAACAUGAUAUAUUAAGAAGAAUAAUGUCAUCAAAUGAAAAUAAUAUUAUUGAUACACUUAAUGAUUAUUGUUUAAGCUUUGGUUUUGUACGUGAUGAUGUUUAUUUAGCAUAUCUUGAAUCAUUACUAUGCUCAUGGGAACCAAAAUAUAUAAUAAAUAAUCAAAAUGGUCAAAAAGAGCCAAUAAUUGAUGAUAAUGAUGUUAAAAAUUUAACAUAUCAAUGUAAAAAAAUUGUUAAUAAAUUAACAACUGAAAUUGAUAUUAAAAAAUUUUUUUUUGAUAUAUUAAAAAAAAUUAAUUAUUAUCAUUAUGAAAUAUUUUUAAUAAUUUAUGAUUUAUCAGAUGAAAAAAAAAUUGAUACAACAAGUUAUUUAUUAUUUUUAAAAAGUUAUAUACGUAUUAGUGAACCAACAAAAAUUGAAAUUGAUGAAUGGUCAAAUUUUAAUCAAGAAAAUCAACCAUUACCAAAAAUAUCAAAAUGGCGUUUACCAUAUUUACCAAAAUUACCACAUUUUAAAUUAAUACAAUCUGAAAUAAAUUUAAAAAAUUAUGAUAAAUGGUUAACAAUAUCACGUGUAUUAAAUAUACCAGAUUAUAAUAUAUGUUCUGUUGCAAUUAAAGCUGGUGUCGAUGGUGCAUCAAAAACAAUUGAUAUUAAUAAUAUAAAUACAUGGUCAAUAUAUCCACGUAAUAGUGGACUAUUAAAAGAUAUUAAAAAAUGUAUAAAUUGUAUGAAAAUACCAGAAUCAUAUACUCACGCAACAGCAGCAUUGUAUUAUGCUGUAAAUUAUAUGCCACCAGGUGCUGAUCAAGUUGAAGCAGCUAAAGAAUGUUUUUCAUAUAUUAAUAAUUUACCAGAAGGUACAAUUGAUAUUGAUAAUGAUAAACGUAUUAAAAUUGAAAAUAAAUAUCGUAAAUAUACAUCAAAACAUAUAUUACAUACCUAUGGUCUUGGUGAUGAUAAAUAUUUAAAUCUUGUUGAUUAUCCAGAACAACUUGUACGAGCAUUGUAUUAUGAUAAAACAAUACCAGAACGUUAUAGAUGUGCAACUAAAAAUCGUCCAGAUAUUAAUUCAUCAGUUAAUGAUUUAGGAAAAGUAUUUAAUAUUAAUCUUGUUAAAAUAAGAUUAGAAUUACUUGAAGAAUGGUUACAGCCAGAUACUGGUGAAAUAAAAAAUGAUAGUAUAACUGUUGCUGGUAUUUGUCAAGAUGAUACAUCAUCAUCAUUAAUUGAUACAUUUACAUUUGAUGAUAAUUUAUUACGUGCAUGUUAUAUAAUUAGUUGUGGUGAUCAUGAACAGUUUAUUGGUCAUUUAAUAACAAUGGGACUUACUGAAGAUUUUCAUUGUCCUGGUGUUAGAUAUCGUGCAUUACGUGUUGUACAAUCAAUAACUGAUGAAAAUACAAUUCAAGAAUUAUCAAAAAUUAAUUCAACAACAAUGAAUGAAUAUCUUAAAUCAUUACAAUACUUAACUGACUUACAACGUCUUGGAAUUGGUUAUUCAAUUAGUGGUUUUGAUUCAUGCUCUAAAGAAAAAUUAAUACAAGUACUUAUUAGUAAUCAAUAUUGUUGUUCAAGAUCAUUAAGACUUGUACCACAAUUAUUUAUUGAUUAUCAUAUUGAUAAUUAUGAACUGUUAAAUUUAACAUUAUUAAAAAUGGUUAAAUUAUCAUUAAUUAAAGAGCUAAAAAAAACAUUAAUUAUGAUUGGUACAACAAUGGAUCGUAUUGUUAAUUAUUCUGGUUAUAUUGAUGCAUGGCAAAUUAUUAUAUCUGAAUCAUUUAAUAAAAUUGAUUCAAAAUAUCAACAAAAUUUAAUUGAUUCAUGUAUUGAAACACUUAGAUUACUACAUACAUGUCCAGUUGUUAAUAAACUUAAAUUUUUUGAUAUUAUUCAUUCAUGUUUUCGUGCUCAACAACCUCAUUUUGCUGCUGCAUUAUUACCAUUUGUUGAAGAUACUGAUAAACAAUUAAUUUUAAAUGAAAUAUCAUUAAAUUAUCAUGACAUUGAUAGUGUCAUUAAAAAACUCAAAGACCUAGAAAAAAAAGGAAUUCUAAUUGUUCGUCAAUCUAUUAUGAUGUUGGAGAAAGCUCAUUACUCAUCAGCUACUGGGUUCCAAGAGUCUUCAUAAUUUUCAAUUACUA